AGUACAAUGGUGGCGGUUGGCCUGACUAUAGCGGCAGCUGGAUUUGCAGGUCGCUAUGCACUAAAAGCUGUGAAGCAAAUGGAGCCACAAGUAAAACAAGCACUUCAGAAUCUACCAAAACCUGCCUUCAGUGGUUAUUACAGAGGUGGAUUUGAACCCAAAAUGACUAAACGAGAAGCAGCUUUAAUACUAGGAGUGAGCCCUACAGCCAACAGAAGUAAAAUUCGAGAAGCCCAUAGACGGAUCAUGCUUCUGAAUCAUCCAGAUAAAGGUGGCUCUCCGUAUGUAGCAGCCAAAAUCAACGAAGCUAAAGAUUUGCUGGAAGACCAAGCUAAAAAAUGAAUGAGAGAGAAAAACACGAGGGUUUGUCCCUGCAAAUGAUUAUUUUUGAUAAAUGGCGUAAGAAAAGUUCUAAUGUCAGUCUUUGACUUAAUAUAAAUGAAGCUGGAAAUAUGAAUCCAGGGAAGUCACUCCCUCCCCACUCAUUUCUUAGUCACUUUUUGGGGAAACGUGUGAGGGAGAGAGGCUUAAAGUUUUUUUCAUAGCUGUGCUUUAAUAAGCAGCAAAAUCUGCCACUCAGAAAUAUUUUCAGAGUAAGAGAGUAUUAACUUGGGUUGGCCAAUGCAUGUUACCAGAUACAGGUAGACCUGCAUGCUGUUACCUAAUUUUUGUUAAACUAGCUAUGUUUAAAGUUCAAGCUGC